CUCAGGACUAUGCUUCUUGCUUAUCUCCAGGCCCUUCCUGCCUCUGGUCUCUGCCUCUUAUUCCCCUGCGCCCGCGGCUCCUCGUCUUUUCCGUCCUCACAGCUCUUUGGGCUCCAGGCACUAACUUACCUGCUCCUACCGGCCAGACCCACCAGUCUGUCGCUCUGCCUGGCCUAGAUGCCCUCGCCUCAGGCCUCAGCAGGGCUCCUCCUGGGGCAGUGGUAAGGUAGUAAUAAUAACAAUGGUGGACACGCCCCAAACACUUACCCAAGGCCAGGCCCUCCUUCCCUGUGCGUAGUUACCUCAAGUAUGCCUCCUUGGGAUCUGAGGGUCCAUACUUUUGUUUUUCCUAUUUCUAUUUUGCACCCUUAAUAGCUAAGAAGUUACACUCUAAAACGCCACAGUAGUCUGUCUCCCUUUGCUUUUCUGGGCUGUGAGUUGCCUUGUCGGAAGGGGAAACCUAGGCUUAGAUCCCAUAAUCACGUGUUAGGGAUCUAGUCAAGGGAGGUGAGAAGAGUUUGUAUCUUAAAGGAAAUUGUGACUUGUUUCUUGUUUUUAAUGUGGUCGAUGUGUGAUUUAAUCCUAAACCCAGACCUUAGCAGAGAGAGUUGAAGGUUGAAUGACAUAAGAGUUCAGGGAAAGUAACGUUCAGUUUGUAUAAAAUGCAAUUUGGCCAUUUUAGGGGUUUGGGGCCAGUUUUAACUACCCCCAACGUCGCUGCCUUUAUGUGUAGAAGUAUGUGCAUUCAGUAAGUCCAGUGUGUGUUUACACUUAUCCAGCACUAGGAAAAAGGGGUGUGGACCAGGUGUUGGUGCUGUUUGUGCAGAUCUGAACUUUUGUCCCACUAAUUUGGGCUACUGGGCUGAGUCACCUACUCCUUUGGGCUAUAGCUUAUCCUUGAAUCUGGAAUACUCAUCUAUGGAGAUAGCAUAAAUGAGGAACUGGAGGAUAGAUGCUGGUAGGACCCUACUGUGCUCAGUGUUUCCAAGAACUAACUGAACUACAAGCCUCUGGGUUUGAGCCAGUUUUAUUGAGUGGUCGGAGCCAACUUCUCUCAUAACUUAAACCACACCUGCAGAGUUCUUCCCCAAAUUUUAGCUGGUGUGAAACACUCUGGCCUGUUGUGAAGCACCAAGAAUUUGACUGGGAGGCCAGUGAUAUAUUUACCUCCAGAUCCAUUCAUCAUGCUGUUGCUGUUUGGCUUCUAGUUAAGAAAGAACCUCCCUCACAGCUUCUCAUACCAGUACUUCACAGGGCAGAGUGAGAACCACAACCAUAGCUUCAAACUGUACUUGAUGGUGUGACUAGGUUGUGGAUCUCUGUGGUAGUCUCUUGGCCAAAAGUUGAGGGGUGCCUGGUUGGCUCAAUGAGUAGAGCAUGCAACUCUUAACCUCAGGAGUUGUGAGUUCGAGCCCCAUGUUGGGGCCAGAGUUUACUCAAAGUAAAAUAAAGAUAUUAUUUGAAACCAGGAUUUCAAAAAAAAAAGCUGGGUGGAAGGGCAAAGUUUCUUCUGUCAACUAUUUAGAUACCUUAACCCUUACUCCUAACUUUGCCAGUUCCCAGAAAUCAAGGGUUAGUGUAGUUCUUUCAAAUUGUCUAAAUAACAACAGUGAGAAGAGAAUUUCUUUCUUUUUUUUUUUAAUGUUUAUUUAUUUAUUUUGAGAGAGAGAGUGCUCAGACGAGUGGGGGAAGGGGCAGAGAGAGAAGAGAGGGAGAAUUCCAAGCAGGUUCUGUGCUGUCAGCACAGAGCCCAGCACUGGGCUCGAUGUCAUGAAUUGUGAGAUCAUGACCUGAGCUGAAAUCAAGAGUCAGACACUUAACUGACUGAGCCACCCAGGUACCCCAAAAACAGCAUUUCUGUACGGUGGGCCCAGAAUUGAACUUUGAGGGAAACCUCAUAGAGGCAGCUUGGCCUUGAUGAUUCUUUUGUGGAUCUUAAAAAUCCACAUUUUUAAAUUAUGUCUGCCUGAGAGAUGAUGGUCAUUUUUAACUUCCUCAAGCUUAAAAAAAAAAAAAAAAGAUUUUUCUCUCUCUCAGUCUUCUUCCCAGCCCUCAACACAUCUAAGCUGCUGUUGUGGCUGAUAGGUAGGGGUAGGUCUAAGGUGGAUCUAUGCUUUAGAAUUACAUUCCUAGAGAACCAGGCAGUGCUUAACUAAAGUUACCACAGCCCUGUAAGGUAAUCUUCAUUUCCCAGAUGAAGAGCAGGCUCAGAAAGGUAGAGAUGAUGAAAAGUAGGUAGCUGAACAGGGAUUCCCUGCUUCCCACCACUCUGCCCUUCUAAGGAUGGGCUCAGCUUUGUCUCUAGGUUUCUUUUUGGAAUCUCUGCAAAUGCAGAUGCAUCAAGCCCUUGCCAUCAUCUGCCUGGCAUCACAGUGGAGAUCUGCAUCCAGCUUCUUGGCUGCCUUCCUGGCCUUUGUGUAAUGUUGGGAGAUUAGGGAAAUGCCAACAACAUAGGGAAAGGCAAACCUAGGCAAAGAGGACUCUCUGGUAAUGCCACUGAUGGCUUGACUAAUGGUGAAGUAAAGGCAGUGCAAACUUGAAAUGUUUUCAGUAAGACUUGGAGAAUGUAUUGGUGUGGAAGCAUAUCUCUAAAUUGUUCUAGAGAGACUGAAGGCUUGCUCUGUUGAAGGCAACAUAUGUACCCCUGCGGACUCUGCUUACUAACAUCAAAAGUUGAAUAAGAAAUGCUCCUGUGCCCUGAAGAAGUUAGUCUCAUGUGGGUUAAGGGAUAAAGAAAUAGUUCAUUUUACUAAAAUGAGGGAGAGGUCAUGUAGGGUGCUUUGGAAGGGGAGAAGGGACUUGACCUGACGGGAUUCAGGGAGGGCUUCCUAUCAAACUACAGAAGUCAAUAUCAUUCCUGGAGCCAGUGAGCACCAGGAAAGCCCUAUCAGAAAUCUGCCAUGGGGCACCUGGGUGGCUCAGUUGGUUAAAUGGCUGACUUUGGCUCAGGUCAUGCUUUCAUGGUUUGUUUUUUAUUUUUGUUUUUGUUUUUUAUUUUUUUAAAUGCUUAUUUAUUUUUGAAGGAGACAGAGAGCAUGAGCAGGGGAGAGGGAGAGAAAGAGGGAGACACAGAAUCCGAAGCAGGCUCUAGGCUCUGAGCUGUAAGCACAAAGCCUGAUGUGGGACUUGAGCUCACUAGCUAUGAGAACAUGACCCAACCGACUGAACCACCCAGGUGCCCCAUGAUCUCAUCGUUUUUGAGUUCAAGCCCCAUAUCGGGCUCUGCACUGGCAGUACAGAGCCUGCCUGGGAUUCUCUCUCUUUCCCUCUCUCUCUGCCCCUCUCCCACUUGCACGCACACGCUCUCUCUCUGUCUUUCAGUAAACAAACAAACAAACAAACUUAAAAGUAGGAAAUUCUAGGGGCGCCUGGGUGGCUCAACCGACUAAGCGUCCAACUUUGGCUCGGGUCAUGAUCUCACAGUUGGUGAGUUCAAGCCCCACGUUGGGCUCUGUGCGGACAGCUCAGAGCCUGGAGCCUCCUUUGGAUUCUGUGUCUCCCUCUCUGUCUGCUUCUCCCCCACUUGCACUCUGUAUCUCUCUCUCUCUCUCUCUCUCAAAAAUAAAGAUUAAAAAAAAAUUUUUUUUUUUAAAUAGGAAAUUCUACCACCAGAUUUCUCUUCUACGGUGUCUCCAUAAACGUAAAUCUUACAGUCAAAUUCAAAACAAAACACUGGGAAAGAUAGUGUGUGUAGGGAACUAUAAGCAGUUUGGUAUUAUAAUGAGAGUGUGAUGUACUGGUGGAAGAAGAAAAUGGGUUCUCCAAAUUCCCAAUUCUUUCUCGUGAUAGCUGCCUGGGACACUAUCAAGGAGCUUUUGGGUCCACUGGAAAAGAGGGUAUCUAUUAGUGAAGUGUGUUGCAGACACAGGUUUAGGAAGAAAGAGGCUAGAUUUGGGGAGGUGGAGAAGGAAUCUAGAGGUUUCUGGCUUGAGUGACUGGGUAGAUGUUAGAGGUAUGGAGACCCAGAAUACAGAGGAGAACUCAGAUUGAAAAGAAGGUGAAAAAGUCUCUUUUUUAAUCUGUUAACUUUUUAUUUGCCUUUUUUUUUUUUUAAUGUUUAUUUUUGAGAGAGAGAGAGAGAGCACACAAGCAGGGAAGGGGCAGAGAGAGAGGGAGACACUGAAUCUGAAGCAGGCUUCAGGCUCUGAGCUGUCACCACAGAGCCCGAUGCAGCCUCAGUCUCAGGAACCGUAAGAUCAUGACCAGAGCCGAAGUCAAAUGCUUAACCAACUGAGCCACCCAGGUGGCCCUAUUUGCCUGUAGAUAUCUAUGUAGAUAUAUAGAUAUAUAGAUAUAUAGAAAGCAGAAUAAGAUAUGAAUCAGAAACUAGGUGGUUGAUUGGAUGAGUGUAUGAAGGAUGGGCAGAAGGAAACAUUGCCCAUCAUAGAGAUCUGGGGAAGUUAGAGGAACAGCAAGAAAGAAUGGUGUUAGUAGAGACAAAAUGAGGGUGCUCAGAGUGAGAGAGUGGUCACCAGGGUCUAUGGUACAGGACCUACAUGUCCUAUAAUAGCUUUUUUUCACUUAGAGUUCAGCAGAUAUGUAGGACCACCUACUGUUGUGCCAGGCAUGGUGAUUGGGUGCUAGGUGUAUGACAGUGAGUAAUACAGGCAGUGUUUCUAUCCUCAAGGUAUAGGGGAGACUAACAGAAAUAAACAGGGGACAUCUGGGUGGCUCAGUUGGUUGAGCAUCUAACUUCUGUUCAGGUCAUGAUCUGGUUUGUGUGUUCAAGCCCCACGUUGUGCUCUGUGCUGACGGUGCGGAGCCUAGAGCCUGCUUUGAGUUCUAUGUCUCCCUCUCUUUCUGCCCCUCCCCUGCUCACACUCUGUCUCUCUCUCUGUCUCAAAAUUAAAUAAACAUUAAAAAUUUAAAAAAAAAUAGAUAAAUAGGAUGGGAGGCUUCAUUAGAUAAGGCAGUUGGGGAAGUGAGAUGUGAGUCAAGACCUGAAGAAUGAGAAGGAACCAACCAUGGAAAGGAUAUUCCAGCAGAAUCUGAGCUAGCACAGAGGCCUAAGUUAGCAAAGAGCUUAACAAGUGUGCUGGGAACAAAGGGAGGCAUGAUGAGCAGUGGAAAGAAAGAUGGAGGUAGAUAAGAUUGAGAAUAUUCAGGGACUUUAGGUGGUGACAUGCUGUUUGGGUUUUAUAACCCCGUAUUGGGAAAUCAUUGAAGGGCUGUAAGCAGACAAAUGAUGAGAUCUAUAAUACAUAGGAUGUAUACAGUUUAGAAAGCUGACAUACACUCCAUACCCUUUUUUGGGUCUAGGUAACUCUGUUCGGACUGGACAGUGCUCUAGUGUCUUUGUCAUACAUAUGUUUGGUUCCCUUUAGAGGCCUUUUGUAGCCUUCCUUUAUCAGCAGCUGUGUGACAACUGGUCAUUGUAGAUGCUUUGUCUCCUCCAGAUGGGGUUUCUCCCCAGGUGACUCAAGACCUGAGGAUCUGAAGAUUCCAAGGCCAGGGAUUUGAUGUAGUUAGGUGGAGAAGAAUCCUCUCUUGAGAAACUGAUUUGUGCUAUGUAGGAAUGCCUCUGGCUCAAGCAGUAGCCAUUCUUCAGAAGCACUGUCGCAUCAUCAAAAAUGUCCAGGUUCUCUACAGUGAACAGUCUCCUCUAAGCCAUGACCUCAUCCUUAACCUGACUCAGGACGGGAUCAAACUGCUGUUUGAUGCUUUCAAUCAGAGGCUUAAGGUGAUUGAAGUAUAUGACUUGACUAAAGUAAAGUUAAAAUAUUGUGGAGUGCAUUUUAACUCUCAGGCCAUAGCUCCCACCAUUGAGCAGAUUGACCAGUCUUUUGGUGCGACCCAUCCUGGAGUGUACAACUCCGCUGAGCAGCUCUUCCACCUCAACUUCAGAGGACUAUCUUUCUCUUUUCAGUUAGACUCGUGGACUGAGGCUCCCAAGUAUGAGCCCAAUUUUGCCCAUGGUCUAGCUUCUCUCCAGAUACCCCACGGAGCAACUGUGAAACGAAUGUACAUCUACAGUGGAAACAGCCUACAGGAUACCAAGGCUCCCGUGAUGCCCCUGAGCUGUUUCCUUGGCAAUGUGUAUGCUGAGAGUGUAGAUGUUCUUCGAGAUGGAACUGGACCCUCAGGUUUACGACUUCGGCUACUUGCUGCAGGUUGUGGACCGGGCCUAUUAGCAGAUGCCAAGAUGCGGGUAUUUGAACGUUCAGUGUAUUUUGGUGAUUCCUGCCAAGAUGUUCUUAGCAUGCUUGGCUCUCCACACAAGGUCUUCUAUAAGUCAGAAGACAAGAUGAAAAUUCAUUCUCCUUCCCCUCAUAAACAAGUUCCAUCCAAGUGCAAUGACUACUUUUUUAACUACUUCACUCUUGGAGUGGAUAUCCUCUUUGACGCAAAUACACACAAAGUGAAGAAGUUUGUCCUACACACCAAUUACCCUGGGCAUUAUAAUUUUAACAUUUAUCAUCGCUGUGAGUUCAAGAUCCCACUAGCCAUAAAGAAAGAAAAUGCAGAUGGUCAGACAGAAACAUGCACAACCUACAGCAAGUGGGACAGUAUCCAAGAGCUCCUGGGCCACCCUGUGGAGAAGCCUGUUGUCCUACACAGGUCCUCCUCCCCAAACAACACCAACCCAUUUGGCUCCACAUUCUGCUUUGGUCUUCAGCGGAUGAUCUUUGAGGUCAUGCAGAAUAACCAUAUUGCCUCGGUGACCCUGUAUGGCCCCCCCAGGCCUGGUGCCCACCUGAGAACAGCGGAGCUCCCCUAAGGACAUCACCGCCCAUGCCCCUCUGCCCUGUGGAGAUGUGCAUCGCAUCCUAUUCAGCAGGCUUCCAUGUGCCACCCUGUGGGUUUUCUUGGACACCCUGCCAGUGUUGAAGGGCUGUUGUGAUGUUCUGAGGUGGGGCUCAGACUGGGUGCUCUGCCAUGGAGUGAGAGGCCCAGAUAUUCCUCUGUCUGUCCUCGGCUUGCUGGUGCCAACAGAGGACACCGACUGCAAAGAGAAGCACAAACUCUGAGCCUUGAUACCUGGACCCAGGAGACCUCGACUAACACAUAAGGAGGCAGGGUUCUUUCUCCCCUGCCCCACACACAUUGGGAAAAGUUGGGACUCUUUCUGUGGCUGAGGUCACAGGCACCGAGGACGAGGAUGAGGUCCUGCCUUUGGCCCAUUGUUGCCACGUGACCCUUAAGGCGAGCAGGUAGCAUGUCCAUAGUACUUGGUUGCAACUUUUGCACUACAUCUACUUUAGUUACUUGAUGAGCUGGCUGUGGCCAACGUGGCCCACCUGCCCUUCCCUGCUCCUUCCUUGCACGCGCUCCCUACCAGGCCCAGUAGGCACACCCAACUGGUUGAAACACAACUUUUUACCAUCUAGGUAUGGGCCCAGGCCUUGUUCCUACCCCUCUUGGAGCCAGCCUUCAAGGUCACCUGUGCCCCCACUCUUCCCCAACAUGGCUGGCAGGCUGCAUGUUUCCAUCCUGUUUGCCUCUUUUAUUUAAUGCCAAAGUUUUAGCCAAAGACAUCUUCCUCCUUUUGUUGUUUCAGCAUUCUGUUCUGCACUGAGGGCUGGCUCUCUUGCCCCAACCCUGGGCAGUGUCCCCUGGCCAGGCCCAUUCAUGGUUCAAGGCCUCUGGGGCUCAAGGAAAGCUGGGCUGCUCAGUCUUUACAUGGGUCUUACUAAGGAAAGUAGCAUAUGUGCUUUAAAAAUAAUCCUUUUGAAAAGAAUUGAGAAGAGAAAUGUAUAAUUUUACCCAUUUUUAAUAUUUUGGUCUAGCAACUUGUGAUACAUAGAUGACAAUUUUGUGAGUUUUUCAAAUGUGUGUACAUAUUUUUGUAAAUAUGACUCUUUUGUAAUUAACUCAUGUACAGCCUCAUCCUGUAGAGUUUAACAAUGAAUGUGCAGGGGACCUGCCCCAGGCUCCUAAGUGGUUCCUGGGUUACAGCCAGGCUUGUGUGGCGCUCCCAUAACUUUGUGACUGACUGGUGUCUUCCUAUUUGGACUGUGGCCUGGCCGGAGGACCCCCCUCCCCGCAGCCCACAUUACAUCCCACUGUUGGGGCAGCCAGGACUAUUCCCAUCCUAGAAUAGGGGAACCUUCCUCAUGCCCUGCCCAUACCCCUCCAAUAAAGGCCUAUGCCCUCAGCAGCAGCUUA